AAACUCCUUAGACUAACUGCUCCGAAAACACAGGGCUCUGAAUUUUCCAUCAACUCUUUAUAUAAUUUUGUAUUCCACUUAACAAGCUCAUUCUGUUCAGUUCACAUUUUGUUUAUUUGGAAUUUUCCGGAAAGGAGAAAAAUUCAUUGAGAGAACUGCCUCUAAAUUCGAACAUUUUCGCCCAAAAUGACUUUCACCUACAAGGAACUUAUAGACGUGGCCAUUGGCUCCCCGGAAUCGGGACAUGUUAACUUUUACGCACUGCACGUAUUGCUCACGUGCUUUGCCCAGCGAUUGGAGGUCCUGGAUGAGGUCGUCGAGCAGGAGGACUAUAUGGCGGCCAAUGUCCGCUUGCAAAGCAGUUUAUUGACCUUGAAUAACACCUCGAAGUUCCGCCUUUUUGCUGGCGCGGAUGCCGAAGAAGGAGCCGCUGCCGAGCCAGCGGAUGAGGCACCAGCUGAGGAGGCAGAAGCUCCACCUCCACCGCCGCCCGCUGAAGAGGCUCCUGUGGCGCCUCCUGCCCCAGAGGAAGCUGCUCCAGAGGAGCCCGCUCCGGAAGAACCAGCUCCGGCUGAAACUGCUCCGGUGGAAACUGGAGCGCCUACGCCAGAAGCAGUGGCUUCCACCCACGAGCCCACUCCAGCUCCAACUCCAGCUCCCGAUGAACCUCCGGCUGCUGAACACGAAACAGGAUCAGCAAAAGUCCAAAUGGAGCAAUCAGCCGAGGCCAAGGCAGAAGAUUUGGUCCCACAGGCUUCGCGGGUCUCCUCCAGAUCCUCCACCCGCGAAAAGGCCAGAGUUGAUGGUUCACUGACCAAUAAUCUAACCCGUCUGGAAAGACGUCUCUCCAAGAUCGAAUUGCAAAAGGAGCAGGCCGCCAUGGAGAUGCAACAAUUUGUGAGCAAUCUUACCGGCCAACUGAAGAUCACCAUGGAGCAGGUGAACAAUAUGACCCAUUUGCUGAUCGAUCGCAAACCGAAUCCGCAUAGGAUUAAGAUACUUCGUCACAUAGCCAAGCAAUUGAGGGUUCUGAUGGGAACGACCGGGGAUGAGGUUUCGGUUAGUUGGUCCAGUGGUGAGAUUGUGGGGGCCGAGGAGGAAGAGUGCCUGGAGGAGGAGGAGGUCCAGGAGGAGUCCAGUGCGCCCACCGAAGUGGAGAAGCCCGAGGAGGAAGAGGAACUUGGCCUGGAACAGCCCCUUUGCUAUUCCCCUGAGAAAAUGCUAAAUGAGCUCCUAGAUCUCAAGUCCCAGUUUUGUGCCCUCACCAAUAAGGUCAAUGAGCUGGCAGCUACCCUGCUGAAACAGGACUCCCAGAGACUCAUGGACAUGAUGAAGGAUCUAGGGGAAACAGUGAGGGACAUCAAGCUCUAUAUGGCCAGCAAUAAGGAGGUGACCAGUGGCAUGCUGAUUCGCCUCAAUGAUUGCGUGACUCAGAUACAAAUCUUGAAAAAGUCCUCUGCCCAUUUGGAUGAGGUGAAGAUCGAUAAGACAGAGGUGGAACUUUUGCUGGCCGAGAAGGUGGACUUCCAGCAAUUGGCCACCAAGGUGUCGCUGGAGCAGCUCGAGGAGUACAAGGCCAGAUUGGAGCAGAUGUUCUGCGAAGUGCGGCACAUUGUGAGUUUGAAUGAGAAGAAUGUCCUGCAGAUUAUCGACAAUCUGCGUAUGACCUUGGGCAUUGAUGCUUUGGAGUUGAGUUUGAAGGACUUCCGGGAGAUGAUCGAGCGGCGAGUGCAGAUGAUAGCCGAGGCAUUGCAGAAGUACAUGGAGAUGACCAAUGAUGAUUGUGCUGCGGCUGCUGGAAGGGUCAAGGUCAUGCAGGAUUUGGCCUGUCUGGCCUGCGAUACCACCUGUGUGAUGCGAACGGUGGAACGAUCAAAGGUACCCUCCUUGCCAAAUGCCAAGGGCUCCACCGGUCUGGGUCCCAUUGUCACCUAUGAGUUGGGCCAGAUCCGCAAGUCGGGCAUCAUGGGUUACUAUCGGAAGGACGAGUUCCCCCACUCGACGAGUGCCUGGACCAAAGGUGCCUCCGGUGUUCCCAUGGUCAAGUGCACUCCGCGUCAUGCGGGCGGAAGUCACACCACCCACACCGCCGAUGAGCACAUGCAGAAGGUCGUGCUCUCCAAGAAGAACACUGGAUGGACAUAGGACCCUACCCUAUAACUACUUACUAAUUAUCUCAUCAUUAUUAUUUGGCAGCUGAACAAAAUUAAAGAGA